AUGGUGGCCUCAAAGCUGCUGCUGUCGCUGCUGGUUGCAGCUCUCCUGCUGCAGGUGGCCACCACGCUGAAGAUCAGCGCCUUCAACAUCAAGGUGUUUGGGGACAGCAAGAUGUCCAACCAGACUAUCGCAGAUAUCAUCGUCUCUAUCCUGUCGGGGUACGACAUCACCGUGGUGCAGGAGGUCCAGGACUCCGACCUGAGCGCUGUGAAGAAGCUCAUGGACCAGCUCAACAGCGAGUCCCUGCACCCAUACAGCUUUUUGAGCAGCAUCCCCCUGGGUCGGACCACCUACAAGGAGCAAUACCUCUUCAUCUACAGGUCGGACAUGGUCUCCGUGCUGGGAAGCUACUACUACGACGACGGCUGCGAGUCCUGUGGGACUGAUACCUUCAGCAGGGAGCCCUUCAUUGUCAAGUUCUUCUCGCCCACCACGCAGGUGGAGGAGUUCGUGAUGGUGCCCCUGCAUGCCAAGCCCAGCAGUGCGGUGGAAGAGAUCGACACGCUCUACGACGUCUACACCGACGUUGUCAACAAGUGGGCGACUAACAACAUCCUCCUCCUGGGCGACUUCAACGCCGACUGCUCCUACGUGACCAGCGCCCAGUGGCCGUCAAUCCGCCUGCGCUCCCUCGACGCCUGUGAGUGGCUCAUCCCUGACAGCGCCGACACCCCCGUCGCCAGCCACACCGACUGCGCCUNUGGCAGGAUCGUGGUGUGCGGCUCCAAGCUGAAGAGAAGCAUCGUGCCAAAUUCAGCUGCCAUCUACAAUUUCCAGCGCGCUUUCCAGCUGGAGCAGGAGGAGGCCCUGGCAGUCAGCGACCACUACCCGGUCGAGGUGAAGCUGAUGGCUUGA